GUCGGACUGCUGUAGGUUCGCUUGAGUUUUCUGCGUGCUAGCGAGCACUUUUGGCCGUAUGAGACCCUCGCGUGCGUUCUUCGACUUUGCGUUCGUGGCUCGCGGCCGCAGAACUUGGCGCCGCGUUUAGGGUUAAAGCAGAAAGCUAGCCACGCUAACGCUAGCUACUACGACCGAUGCUGUAUGUGUGAAUGUGUGCGUAAGCGCGUACGAGUCGAACGUUUUGUCUCCCAAGUCUUCGCACAUUUAGUUCUGAUAUUAGCGCAGCGCGGCCGUCUGUCCUAAGAUAACCUGCGCUUCACUUGGGGGGCAAAUACGAUGACGGAGACGCACUUUCGACCACGAUGAAGACGACGACCAACGACUGCUAGAGGAUUUAAAAAGCUAACUCGAGCCUGUCUUCAUGGAGAAAAGUUGAGCUGAGGAUUACCAACCUGGGGAAAACUGAAGAAAGGUUUUAACUCUUAUAUUGUGCAAGGACAUGCUGAAACUCCAGUGAUGGAGCCUACUGUUGUGAGUACAUCCACUCUGGCCUCUGAUGAGUUUGAUAGGAAUGUGCCACGGAUCUGCGGCGUGUGUGGCGACAAAGCCACCGGCUUUCACUUUAACGCCAUGACCUGUGAAGGAUGCAAGGGAUUUUUCAGGCGCAGUAUGAAGCGUAAGGCCUCCUUCACAUGUCCCUUUAAUGGCAGUUGCACCAUCACCAAGGACAACAGGCGUCACUGCCAGGCAUGCAGGCUCAAACGCUGCGUGGACAUUGGCAUGAUGAAAGAGUUCAUUCUGACAGAUGAGGAAGUGCAGAGAAAGAAGGACCUGAUUCAGCGGAGGAAGGAGGAGGAGGCACAGCGCGAAGCGGAAAAGGAAGCUCGCCGACCCAGACUCUCUGAAGAACAGAGUCAAGUCAUUGCCACACUGGUGGAGGCGCACCACAAAACAUAUGACGACUCCUACUCUGAUUUCUGCCGUUUCAGGCCUCCUGUUCGUGAAGGCCCGGUGACACGAAGUGCCAGCAGAGCUGCUUCUCUCCACUCCUUCUCCGAUGCCUCCUCUGACUCUUUUAGUCAUUCUCCAGAGUCUGUUGACACCAGAAUGAACUUCUACAACAACCUGAUGAUGUAUCAGGAGCAUGGCAACAGCCCCGACUCCAGCGAGGAGGAAGGCUCGAGCUUCUCCAUGCUUCCUCACCUGGCUGACCUGGUCUCUUACAGCAUACAGAAAGUUAUUGGCUUUGCCAAGAUGAUUCCUGGUUUCAGGGAGCUGAGUGCUGAGGACCAAAUUGCUCUUCUCAAGUCCAGCGCCAUCGAGGUGAUCAUGCUGCGCUCAAAUCAGAGCUUCAACCUGGAGGACAUGUCCUGGAGCUGCGGAGGGCCCGACUUUAAAUACCAGAUCAGUGAUGUCACUAAAGCGGGCCACACUCUUGAGCUGUUGGAACCACUGGUGAAGUUCCAGGUGGGCCUGAAGAAGCUCAGCCUACAUGAGGAGGAACAUGUGCUGCUGAUGGCCAUCUGCUUGCUCUCUCCAGACCGCCCAGGCGUCCAGGACCACGCACAGAUCGAAGCGCUCCAGGACAGGCUGUCGGAGAUCCUGCAGGCCUACAUUAAGCUCCACCACCCAGGCGGACAGCUGCUGUAUGCCAAGAUGAUCCAGAAGCUGGCUGACCUGCGGAGCCUCAACGAGGAGCACUCCAAACAGUACCGCUCCCUGUCGUUCCGGCCYGAGCACAGCAUGCAGCUGACUCCGCUGGUGUUAGAAGUGUUCGGCAGCGAAGUCUCCUAGAUGCCCCGUCUGAAGCUCUGGUGUGGGGCAGGAAGCUGGAGAUGGGAUCCCACUUGGUUGAAAAAAAUGGAGGGAGAGAGCAGAGAAUGCGCUGGAUGGACUAAAGGCAGGAGAAGUGUAUGGAGCAAGCAGAACAGAGCAAGUGGAGCGUGUGUGUGAGUCUGUGUUCAUGUAUGUUAAUGUCUAAAGAAGUCUAUCUUGAUUCAAAGGCCAAGGGUGUUGAGAGAAAGCAGAUGUUAACACAGUAAACAAGGGAAUGUCAUAUAGUUCAAAUUAAGCUAUCCAUGGGACAUCUGCCUAUAUAUAUAUAGAUAUAUACAGUGAUAUAUAUACAGUGUUUUUGUGUGUAUUUAAUUCAACAAACAGCUGCUUUAAAUGCCUGGACAUUUUGUGUGUACAUGUCGUUCACACACCAACACAACAAGCAUCCUCAGUUACUCAUUUAGCCAUUCUGUUGAACUACCUCUUGGUUUUUAAUGGGUUUGUUUUAUAUUUACAUCAGCUAUGUGAAACGGUAACUUUUACACAGAACAACUUAGAUCCAGCACAUCUGAGUUCACCAGUGCAAAAGCAGUGCCUGCACACUACUUUGACUUUUUGUUCGUUCACUCAGAAAUCAUGUCUCCCAACUUUUUUUUUUUUGGUUGUUUUUUUAUUUUAUUUUUUGUAUCUGCUUCGCUCUGGGACAACUUAUGUAAAUGACUGUGUACAAUUCAAACACAUGCCUUUUACCCUUCGCCAAAGGUAUGGUCAACUAAUAAUUUCUUUUUAAAGGCUUCCAGCACCUAAAAUAAUCUUGCUGCUCCAUGCUUCGGUCGUGCAGCCACUCUGCAAGUUGUCUGACUAGUCCUGCAGUAUAUGAAGGAAAAUUUCAUUUUUAUAGAUUUUUACUGCAGAAUACAGAUCAUAGUAUGUAAUUUAGUGGGGUUUUGAUAGAACUAAAAAUAGGUUGCCUGGGUUUGAGCUGAGAAUUAGCCACUAAAUGUAUUAUCUACUCGCUAAUUAUCAAACCAAGCCCACAUUUUGUCUUGCUCCUCUCCUGAACUCUGUCCACGUUUAUUAUUAAUGGGUAUUGCGCGUAUUCUAAGCACUGUUAACAACCUUUGAGUCAACCCUAUGUAAUGCGAUACAGCAUCUUUAUUAUCAGAGAUUUUUAAAGGGCUAAAACGCCAAAUCUAACUGGAAUAGUGAUUGGAGGCCAAAGCAAGGGGCCUGUUUUCCUUUCUUUUUAUAUAGCUGCAAACCAUACAUGGAUUUGGCAUAUAUAUUGAUAUAAUUGCAAUAGAUUUUCUUUGUGUGCUUGUGAAUGUGCGUGUAUUUUUUUUUAAUGUCAGUUGACCUUUAUAAACAAUUCCAUGAAUUGUUCCUCCUCAGUAUACAGUGAGCUCAGUGGGCGGAAAGCUUGGGAAGCUGCUUCAGACCUCCACAGAUAUCUCACCCCUUUCGUUUCUGACUGGGAAGUGGAUUUUCUAGAAUGUCCGAGGGCCUCUUGUGGCGGUGCUGAUGGUGCUGUGCACUUCCACGCCCUGGCCCUCCCGUUUGAUGAUGUAUGCUGCGCAGCCCUCUAGUGGUUGCAUUUUGUAAAUACCAGGUAUAUACUUCUAUAUAAAUAUGUCUGCCGCUGUACAUAGGGCUACAAGGAUCCUCUUGGCUUUUUUCCUUCCCAGAAAGAUAUAUGCAAAUACAACAGACCCUUGUACGUUUUUGAUAUAUUAACACUUUUCCUGAAACACCCACUUUUGUUUUUACUUUAGCAUUUAAUAGGAUAGAUUAAAGAAAAUGGCUUAAAAUUAAAUUGUUUGUAUGUUUGAUAAAAUGUAUUAUUUGUUUAGACGUGGCGUAAUGUUAAUUUCCAAAGUUCAUUUUCUGAACGAGGACACACUGUUCUCAUUUAAAAGCCAUACAAAUUGCCAAGCUAGUUAUAUAGCACUACAUUAUAAAAGUAAAAAAAUGAGCCUUGGGAGUUUUCAUUUAUAGUCUAAACUAUAAUGGUUGUAUGGCAUUAGGAACAUGAGCUUGUUUAUUACAGMAGCUCCCCGCUUCUCUGCUGUCAGUUGUCUUUGGCUUCUGUUUCAUCCGACAUCUUCUAAUACAGAUAAACCAAGCUGCUAAAAACUUUCCUCUGCUUAGGUUUUCAGGCCGUGUUAAUGUGGCUGCGUACAGGAUUCAGGUCAAACUAUACAAGGUGACAUAUUCGUUGCAUCGAGACACCUCCCCAAAAAGAUAUUUUGUCCAUUCUCUGCUAAAUGCAGCUGCUUUUUCACUGCAGAAAACUGCGCAGUUUUAGUGUCACCAGUUAAAACGGUUCCUGUGAUUGGCCACGCCGUCCCGCCAGUAACGUCUGGCAUCGUUUUUGUUUUAAUUGUCAAAGAUAUUUUGGACAGGAAGACGAGAAAAGUUGUCUUCACAUAAAAAAAAUGUUGGUUUGUUUUUUUCUUCUCCCGAUCGUAGACAAAGACCGCUUUUUGUCACUGUGACUUUGUUCCAACUCUCCAGUCACUGUGACACUCCACACGCUGACAGUCAGGGCUUCAUGCUCAGAUAAUCUUCAUAGCACAAAUCAGUAAUCCCUUUUUUAUAUUCCAAUAAUUAGAAAAUGAUUGAUUUUUAAUUUUUAAUUUGGGGAUUUUUGUAAGGUAAUCUCCCCUAGUCCCACAAACGACCCUGCUGCGAUUGAACGUCAUGGAGCUGAAGUUUGACUGUUUUUAGGCAGUACCACUCGUUUUGUACAGUAUGUCAGUUUGAUGAGGGGUAUGAUGUGCUUGGUUACUGAACCCUGACUUUUGAAGUUGAUCAUUUGUUCGUUUCCUGAAUGCAUACUUUUGUAUGUAGAAAAGAGUUUGAUUUCGUGCUGUUUCCUUUUGAGGUGCAGUGUUGAUUUUCUGUAUGUGUGACACAGUGGGAGGGUUGGUGAAUAUGUAAGUGCCACAGGGAGAYUUCCCUCCACACGAGAACAGGGUAACAGAGGAGUCCACUUUUUGGGGAUUUGAUAAUCGAACAGGAAAGCUCUCUGAUGUAUUAUAGCCACUGACUGAACACCGAUUUAAGAUUGUCUAAUUGGAUUUUUGAUUACGUGUUAUUUUUCUUUUUUUUUUUUCAAAAACUUCUUCCUCCUUUUUUAAUGUCCGCCACCAAAUCAUGCAAAUACAGUAAAUGUGAGUAUGGUGCAUCAUCAGAGAUUCCUGUUUGGUUUAGAUUUUUUUAUCAUGGUAGGCUGCUCCGAGUCCUGAACGGAUUCAGUAACUUCAGUAAUGACGCCUGCUGUGUCCAACUCAUGGUACACUAUCACCAGCAAGCUCUACAGUCUCUCAUGUACUCUGGACAUUUUAAAAAGUUUUUUAUAUAACUAUUACCAUUACAAAUACUGUCUGAGACAAAUAUAUACUAUUCAGAGUAAACUGUUGUCCAUCUUCCAUGCAAAGAAUUUAAAGUCUUGACUUUUUCAUGAUUUGCUCUUCCCUUCAGAACAGGCGUAAUGGAUCAACUUAAUGUAGUUCUUACAAAAAAAAGUGUUCACAUUGGAUGUAUACCAUGAUCUACCUAAAAGAAACCUACCUCUUUUUAGCUCAUAUUUUUUGCUUUAGCAUUAGAAUUUGCUUCUAUUUUUACCUUCUUUUUUUUGUAUUCAUGUUGGUAUUUAUUGCUGUCUAAUGAGUCAUACUUCAAUGAUUACCUCAGAGAUUUCUCAGAUUUGGGAGAGUCCAGCUAAUGAAGUCAUUCAUAGUUUGUUUUUGGUUGUUUUUAUAAAGUUUUUCGUCUUCUUCUUCUCAAGGUUGAUUAGCAAUGCCUUUUCUAUCUUUUGUUUUCUAAACGCACAAAAUAUCAGGAGUGUGUUUUUGAUUCAGUGCCUGCAAUUUGACCACCUGGGCUCUGGCUAGCACGAGGCUGCAUUUACUCGACAAGCGGGCAGACUUUUCUGCAUCUUUUAACCUUCCACGUCUGUAGUUUUCAUCCAACAGUUAAUCUUGCUGCUACGUUUCUGAUAUCUGCGGUAUCUUGCCGUUUUUAUUUCCUAGAGCAAGGCUAAAGAAGGCGAAUGCGGCUUUACGGAAACAACCCGAAAGACUUUGCAACAGAAGAUGUUCCAGCGCCCCACUUGAUGGCAACUGCAUAUCUUGUGGCUGCGCAAAUCUGAAAUUUAAUUUUUAAUCCUUCACGUCUUUUUUAAAUCUCUCUGCCUGUUGUAAAGUCUCUUCCCGUGCCUUCAGAAUUCCCUGCCAAACGAGGGGAAUUAGAAGGAAAAUCCUCAGCGUCCAUGCAAUGCUGCUGCUUUUGUCUCGAGCGCCGCCAGGUCUGUGUGCAAACCGACACUAAAAAACACGACCGCCUUCCAAAGCGUUUGUUCCCAGCAGAGCAACGAGCCGCAUUGGAAGAUUGUUUCUCUGAAGUCAUGCUCGACUUACCGAUGCUUAUUGGUUUAAAAGAAAAAAUUCCUUGUAUCGUAUGAACAGUGCAACUUCUGUCUGUUUUUGGUAAACUCCCCAUCAACCGAGCUCUCAGUCUGCAGGUCGCACUGUUUCAGGUGAAACACUGAAUGAACUCCAGAGGAACAGCGUGGCCUUCGUCUCCCCCGAGCCGAGCGCCACGAUGCCACCCUUUUCAACACGGGGUGUUCACAAGUGUUCCUCCAGUAAAUCUGAACAGAAACGUUAUAAAAAUUUCAACAUUGGCUUCAUGUUUCAACAAAUUUUUAUUCGGCGUUAAAUUCUUUUUUUUUUACCCUCCCUUAAACCUGAAAGGGUACUACAUCAAAAUGAACGACCUGAACCAACAAAAAGCAUUUCUUCUAGUGUUUGUGACAUGCAGACUGAUGAAGCUGCUCGCCAUAAACUACCUGUGUCGGUCAGCAUGAAAUUGCUUCGUAUAUCAAGGCAGUUAGAGCUCCUAAAUCCUAAUGUAAUUGCAGUUUUUAUCUUUUAUUUUUUCUUUUAUAAAUUGGUUUUGAUGUAAUGUUUUUUUGUCCAAUGUUUUGCAAAUCAAGAAUAAACAGUUGUACAUAGUAAUGAA